AUGGAGCACAUUCUCCAGACCCGGCUGACCCGGUAUCUGGAGAACAACAACCUCUUUCUUUCGUGCAUCUUUGGUUUCCGGCCGGGCUUGUCUACUCAGGACGUGUUUUUACAACUCCAGAACCACAUCCUCGACUCCCCCGUGGGUGACACCAAGGCUAUCCUCGCUGUCUACCUAACAAAAGCUUUCGACAACGUUACCCGCGCAGCCGUCCUAGAAGGCCUCCUCACCCUGGGCGUACGCCAGCGGAUGUACAGUUACAACCGCGACUUUCUUUCCCAACGCGCAGCCACACUCACCCUGGGGGACAACCGGCUUUCCCGUGUCCCACUGGGAGCGCGGGGGACGCCUCAGGGUGCUGUGCUGUCUCCUAUGCUCUUCAACAUAACCCUUCUCCAACUCCCCAACCAUCUCUCCCAAGUCCCCGACAUACGUUUCAGCUUCUAUGCCGACGACAUCACUGUCUGGGCCAACCGAGGCAGUGAUGCCGACAUGGAGCACAACCUACAGUCGGCCCUCAAAAUCAUCGACUCGCGCUGUCGCGCGCGCGGCCUAGCCUGCUCCCCUUCCAAAUCAGAACUUUUCCUCUACUGCCCCAGGCGGCACGACCCCGUAAACCUCUCACUCACGAUAGGGAAUCAUCCCAUUCCCCUAGUCUCUAAGAUUCGCAUCCUGGGCCUCCUCCUUCACUCCCACGGCGCGCACGGCGACACCAUCCAAGAUCACCAUACCAAACCCAACAAGCCACCCGUCUCAUUCGGCGCGUGGCACACGGGCGCGCGGGUUUACUAG